GAACACCCCGUCUCGUCCUCACCUUCCCACGCAAAAUCAUAAAACUUGUGCCUUUCGUCUUCUCUCUUCAAAUCCACUCUCUCUCUCUCUCUCUUUCUUUGAAAACGCUUUCACCACCGUUCUCGCUCUGCAAAUGUAGAGCCAAAGCCCGAAGCUCAAUCGUCGCCAUCGAGCAUCAGCCAAUGGGGAAGAGGAGAGGCAAAACCCUAAUCCCCCACUCCCACACCCUCCCCUCCUCGCCUUCCCGCUCCUUCUCCUCAUCCUCCUCCUCCUCCGACUUCGAGUUCACCAUCUCCCUCUCCCCGCUCAACAAGUCCUCCUCCGCCCUCUGCGUCGCCGACGAGCUCUUCUACAAGGGCCAGCUCCUCCCCCUCCAGCUCUCCCCCCGCCUCUCCAUGGUCCGCACCCUCCUCGCCUCCUCCUCCUCCUCCGCCUCCGACUCCGCCACCACCUCCUCCCGCGACUCCUCCGGCAGCUCCACCGACUCCCAGUUCUCCUCCUCCUCCGCCCCCGCCGGCGACUGCGACUCCUCCCGCCCCAGUUCCGUCACGGAGGACGACGAGUUCCGCCGCCUCCACUGCGGUCCGGGCGACGGCGGCGGCGGUGGGGCGCAGAUCAGGAAGGGCAAGUACUUCCUCUCGAGGUUCUCGUCGGUGUUCAGGAAGGAGCACGGCAAGGGCCGCGAGGCUCACUACAGCGUGCCCGGAUCGUCGUCGUCCUCCUCCUCAUCCUCGUCGGCGAAGAAGCGAGUGAGCGCGACGGCGAAGGAGGUGAUACGGAAGUACUUGAAGAAGGUGAAGCCGUUGUACGAGAAGCUCUCGCAGAAACAGCAGCAGCAACACCAGCAGAAAUCGGAGAUCUCUCCGACUCCGGUCCAGACGAGCCCGAGAAGCAGCUUCUCUCAGCCGUUGAAGACGGAGAGGACGGUGCGAGAGAUCAUGCUCUCCUCGGGGAAGAGCACGAGGAAGGACAGUAACGGCGCGUUCUCGAAUUCUUUCUCGGGCAACCUGAGGUAUCCGAGGAAGAGGAGCUGCGCGUCGAGCUGCCCUUCGUCGAUGCGGUCGUCGCCAAGCCACUCCGGCGUGCUCUGCCGGAGCGGAUUCGGCGGAGGAGGCGCGGGAGGGGGAGUCCGGACAGGAGGAGGUUGCAGCUCGGAGGCCUCGUCAAUGGAGGAGUUGCAGAGCGCGAUUCAAGGCGCGAUCGCUCACUGCAAGAACUCCAUGUUGCAGAACAACUACAAGGUCAUGGUCAGCAACGAAAUCUGAACCCCCAAGAACCCGAAGACGAAGAAGACGAGCCGCCAUGAAACUGCUUGAAUCAUCAUUUUCACGUGGGUUCGUCCCUUUUCCCCUCUCUCUCUCUCUCUGUCUCUCUAGGUGAUGACUUGAUAAUUGUUAACGGAAAGUGCUGAAACUUUUCUCUUU